GCGUGCUCGGGGUCGCGGCGGCUAACCGUCUCUCUCGCCGCCGUCUCGCACCUCGCGUCGCCGCCGCCGCCGCGAGUGUCGGAGCGGAGGAGAAGGGGAGGGGGGCCAUGGCGAAGGGCGACGACGCGCUGGCGCGGAAGCGCAACAAGGUGCGGCGGAAGCGGAUGCGCAGCAGCGAGAACGCCGUGUCGGCCCGCGUCGCCGGCAUCAUCGCCUCCAAGCGCCGCCGCAAGUCCGGCAAGCGGCGGGCCUGCGAGGGCAUGUGCUUCUCCCUCCCCACCCCGGAGGACCCCUUCAACGACCGCCACGGCAAGAAGCGGAAGGGCGACGACGAGCCGACCGGAGACGCCCCCGCCGCCGCCGCCGCAGGCAGGGACGAAUCCAAGAAGAAGAAGAAGAAGAAGAAGAAGAAGGAUUCGAGCGCCAAGAAGCAGCCGGCGAGGGAGGCCGCCGCCGCCGCCGCCGCGAACGCCAAGUCUAGGGAGAAGGACGGGGCGGAGUACGACCGGCCGUCCAAGUUCCUGGUGGUCUGCCUCAACGCCAUCCGAGACGCGGCGGCGUCCGAGGACGGCGGCGGCGGCGGCAUCCACGACACCGGGUCGUGGGGCGUGGAGCUCUGGAAUUGCUGCUCGGCUGCGCCGCCUACGCACGUGCUCGACACCAGCGGCGAGUGCGCCACCCGGGAGAAGACGGCUUGGCUCGUCUCCACAGCCUGCGACAUCGUCGCCAGGAAGGAGAAGCUCGCUGUGGUCGUCUCUUGCCCCUUCCUACUCUACCUCGUCCCCUCCCAGGAAAAGGCCGUGCAAGUGCGUUCGAUUUGCAAGCCUCUGAAAUCACUUGGUAUCCAUUCCGUCAGUCUGCAUCCCGGCGCUUCCAUUGAACACCAGAUUUCUGGAUUAAAGAGUUGCGAACCGGAGUUCCUUAUAUCCACGCCAGAGAGGCUGCUUGAACUAAUAGCUUUAAAGGCGAUUGACAUAUCAGGCGUAUCGAUGCUGGUGAUUGAUGGUCUGAAGUGUUUCACGGACCUUAAUGUCAGCGACAAGCUUUGUUCUAUUAGGGAUGCCAUAUUGAGCAACCCUCAAAUAACUAUAUUCAGUGACCCGUCUGACCGAAGGGUAGCUGCACUGGCAACAAAACUAGUCGGUGGAAAAAAGAUCACAAGGCUUUGUACGAAUGAUUCAGUUACUUCUAGAGGUGCAUUCAUAACACAAAAGAUACACAUAUGCCCAUCAAAGGACCAAAAGGCACCGAAGGUGAAGGAAAUUCUUGAACAAAUUCUAAAUGAUCAUGCUAGAAAGACUGCAAAGGUCCUACUGGUAACCGCAAGUGAUCAUGAAGCACAGCAUCUGUCAUCAUCCUUGAAAUUGCAAAAUUGUACCGUGACCAAUGACUCGCAUGGCAACUCUUUUACCAUAUGCAGCAGUGUUGGGCUGAUUAAUGUCCUUGUGAAAGACUGGGAGAACAUAACAACGGCAAAUUUUGAGGACUUCGACACUGUGUUGGUUGCAGACUUGCCUCCUUCAGUUGACGAAUACAUUGAAAUCCUCGCUGGUGCAAGCUGUCAUGUGCUUGUGGGGGAGGUGCAUUGCAUCUUUUCUAGCGCUGAUGCUCUGCUUGCAAAACCCUUGUCUGAGGUUCUUACAAGCUGUGGUCAGGUAGUGCCUGAAUUUCUCAGGAAACUGGCAUCCUCAUAGCAGGAUCGGUUUUCUCAUGGCAAUCAUCAUAUAGUAUACGCUACCAUAUUCAUGGUUCUUCCAGUCACUAAACAUUUUUGUCAGUUUACUGUUCCUUAUCAUGUAAUUCUCACAGCAUAACGAGGAUCUUCAGCCUUGUUGUAUCUCUGCAACUUUGUAUUUUUUGAAUGCGAUCAAGUCCUAGUCUGUGAGAACCAAUUGCUUUUGCAUUCAUUAACAUUACAUGGUACAA